AUGCGUGCUAUAGCUGUCACAAAGUACGGUGACGUCAACAACAUUCAGAACAUCGAAAUGUCGAAACCCUCAAAUCCGAAAGGCCACGACAUCCUCGUUCGCAUCAAAGCCUGCUCGGUGAAUCCGGUCGACACAAAAGUCCGAGCAGGUGUCUACGACGACUACCCAGACUAUUACGACCGGGCGCCUAGACUUCCUCAGAUCCUUGGGUUCGACGCCGCUGGUGUGGUCGAAAGUGCUGGUCCAGAUGUCAGAAAAUACAAAGCUGGCGACGAGGUCUUCUACGCUGGCUCACCCAUUCGACAUGGCAGUAACGCAGAACUUCAAAUCGUUGACUCGCGGAGUGUAUCAUUCAAACCGAAGAGCUUAGACUGGGGACAAGCUGCUAGUAUGCCGUUGACGUGGAUCACAGCGUGGGAGGCGCUAGUAGAGCGUAUGGAGAUCCAGGAAGGAGAAGACGCUGGCAUCCUCAUCGUGAAUGGAGCAGGAGGCGUUGGCAGUGUAGCGAGCCAGAUUGCGCGACACGUUCUGAAACUACCUGUUGUGGUGACGACAGCCUCAAGGGAGGAGACCGUCAAGUUUUCGAAAGAGGUUGGAGGUGCCACACAUAUCGUUAAUCAUCGCGAGGAUCUGGUGAAGCAAGUUGAGCAAUUGAAGCUGAACCUUCCGAUUAAGUAUGUGUUCAUCACGCAUACUCCAACUUCGGGCUACCUUGGGCCUGCUGCUAAGAUACUGACGCCUUUCGGGAAAGUUUGCUCAAUUGUGCAAGACAAAGAGAUGCCAAUGUAUGGGACUGAGUUCAUGGCUAAGAGCUUGACCUUCGUUUGGGCGCUGCUAGGCACCAAGCCGUACUAUGGCGUGCAGCCGGAGAGUCAUGGCAAGAUCCUAGAGCGUCUAAGAGAUCUAUUGGACGAUAAGGAAGUGAAGUGCCAUAACACACAAAAAUUAACGCUUGACGAAGCAGGCGUAAGGAAAGCGCACGAUAUCAUUGAGGGUGGCAAGGCCAUUGGUAAGGUGUCGCUGGAGUUCUGA